AUGACCCAAACCUUAGGGAACGACGAGCCAGAUAGUAAGACAGGGCCGCUAAACUCGGGCUCCCUCAUGUCUAGAAACUCCUCCGUCCUCACACUGACCACUCCCCAGCUGUACUCGAUUUACGGCGGCCGCGAAAACCUGAUAGAUGCCCAAGAUGCAGAAAAUGCAAGCGAUAUUUACGAGAAUUUAAAAGAGAACAUCAACAAGAGAAGCCCAGACGACGCUUCUCAUGCGCCACCUCGUUCAGGCCAGCGAAAGUCGGCGGUCGGGGUGUUCACCAGGGUCGUUGGCAAGAGUCUGGUUUUGUGCGUGCUCGGCAACCUCUUCAUCAAGCUGAUCGAACAGCUUUACAAACUAAAUCCGGCCCUCCCCAAUCUUGCCGAUUUUCACUUAAUUUACCUCGUCAGAGACAACGCCAACCUGCCUUUAAGCCCUGUCCAAAUGGAAAUACUCAACAAUUCCCUAAUGGGCCUGCUGUUUGGCUCCAUCAGACCGCUUUCUGAACUCGUCUUCACUUGGAACGGCAAGAAACGGUCGUUCCCAGAAACAGCUGCGCUUGUCAGGUUCACUGUCGCACUCAUAGGGUUCUCGUACGGAUUGAGAAAGGUGGAAUGGGAGUCGAAGCUGGAGGCGUCGCUUGUCUUCCUGGGCAUAUGCGCACUGCUGUGGAUCGUGAUGGACUCCUCUAUCGGCGGCCUGUUGUCCUCAUUUAUCGUCUCUUUGGGAACUAUCGCCGUCUACACCUACUUCACGUUCCAGCAAAACCUGCUGAGCGUGUUUAGCGACCCAGAUAUCCUGGCCGACCUCCUGUGGAACGGGUCUUUCCUGUUCAUCUCGUUAGUUAUAUUUGGCCGGAUCAGCAAGAGACUUAUUGGCUAGGCAAUUAUAUGUUUACAGUUAAAUAGCAUAAACUCAUGAUUAUGUCACCGAAGAACCUCUUCUUCAGCUAAUCAUCCUCCACCGCCUCCUCAGACACGUCUUUCCGCUCAUUCUCCAGAUUGGACUUGUGCUGGUUGGCGCUCAGAAGCCCUGUCGCACUCACCCCGGAAAUUGAGUUCCUAUUGAUUCUCGCGACAUUCUCAAUAUUUGGCAAUUUUAGCGGGUUUAUUGACCCAACCUGCUCUUUGUGUCCCGUAGCUUUCGACAUGGCAUAGUCUCCGCUGUCGAAAAAUUUCCUGUCCUUUAUCUUACUUUGCAGCACCUCCGACUUCUUGGGCAAACGGCCGUACAAUUUGUACAAUUUCUGCUCCUGCGGCGUCAGUUUCGCCGUCUCCUCCGUCUGUGGCGGUUCGUACAGCGGGUCGUUUGGAGAUAGGUUCGACAUUGGGGCUCACAAACUCUUUGCCUCCGGCGUUUCGAUAAGCAAUUGCGAAAAAUUAUGUGGCUUGUUGCGUUGGUUUUUUCUCGCCCCGUGCUCCCUUCUGGUGCAAGGGUGUUUUCCGCCUUCCCUGCGAGGCCAUUACGCUGGCAGCAGCGAGCCUGACUGGCUGUAGAUGGGCGCUGAACUGCAGGUCUUUCUGAGGUAUCUCACCGAUAGUACAGUGGAGAAGGUCUGGGUCGUAUCGGAUGUUGUUGUCGCCGUCUCUGUUGCCCGGAACGUGGUGAUUUAUCAGUUCCACCGUGCUCCUGAGCUUAUUGCGUGUAUCCUGAUCCACAAUCAGGGCAACAAACUGCUUGGAUUUGUCUAAACUAGGAAGCAGUCUAACUUCACCGGAGAAUCCAACCAUCAAAGGAGUCCUCAAGGGCAGGUUUUCCUCCACCAGGGCAAUAAACUCUCUCAGUUUUUGAUCGUCUUCGAAAGUCAGGUUGUAUGACAGAGAAAUGUGGAGACUUUUGGGGGUGUUUGUGAGCUCGUCAAACAGGGUUUCCUGUAAAGUGGCCGAUUCGUGGAGCACACACCGUUGGCUCAGCUCGUUCCAGAACUUUUGAGCCAGCGAAUGCAGAAGCGCGUACUGUUCAUCCGACAAGGGUAUGUGCAGAUAUAGGUGCGACGUCCUCUUAGUGGACGUCUCCUUGCGUCU